CUUAUCAAGCUCCUCUCUCUCGCGCUCUCUCUCAUUUGUCUCUCUCCUGUGUUGUCUUGCUCUCCACACCAACGCCGACCCAGCACUCCAAACCCAAUCAUCACCAUUGACAUCUCCAAGCUUAUAAAACAAACAGAACACAACACAACAAACCCUAGCCCACCAACCCCAUCAUUUCCAAAGUCAUCUUUUUGUUCCUCCCACUUUUGCUUUGGCAUCUCUGCCUGUUUGCUUCUAGAGAAAAGAAAAGAAGAAGAAAAAGAAAAAGAAAAAGAAAAAGAAAAGAAACCUCCAUGGACUCAAAGCUCUGUGGUGUCCCUCUUUCUGCAACACAAGCGACCCCAUCAGCAGCUGAGCUGUACCCAAAGCCAAAGCUCUCUCUUUCCACCUCAUCACCAGGUUCUUCUUCUUUUUCUUCUCUCCCAAUCAGAGCUCCUCCUACUGUUGAUUCUGAUUUUGAAUUCUCUCUAUCAACCAACCGUCAAGAAAAUUAUAGCAGUAGCUAUGAAAGUGACAGUGCGUUCGAGUCUGAUGGGUUUGUGAGUGGUGAAGACGGGUUUGAUACGGCUUCAGAGAAGCUAUUUGUUACAGACCCAGAUGAUGAAACCCUAGGAGAGAGUAGGGUUGUUGAGGAUUGUGUUGUUUCUAGGCCUUUUGUGACUGACCCAGAUGAAGAAACCUUGGAAAUAUCCAUGGAAGAAGAGGAGGAGGAGGAGGAGGAGGAAUAUGUUGAUGAACCACUCAGAAAACAGGGUGUCCCGAUUGCCAUGUUGUCGAGAGACAGCGACGAUGAUUCUGUGGGCUCUGAGGAGGAGGAAGAUGAUGGAGUUUUGGGUUCUGUUAGGGUUCCUGGUAUCCGCAUUUUGGAGAAGACUGAGGUUGAAGGAGGAGAAGAUGAGUCACAAUUUGAACCCGUUAUGGGUUCAUCAGAAGGGUGCAUUGCUUUGAAGGACUCUGCUAAUGACUACGUUUCAGUUGAAAUGAUUGAAGAUAGGGGUUUUGAUGAUGUUGAAGGAGCAACAGUUGAGUCUUUUGUGGUAAAUGAAGAUGAUUUUCCUCAGGAAAAUCCACAUUUGGUUGGGGAAAAUCAAGGACUUGAAAAUUUGAUGCAGCGAGAAAGUGAAUCGAUUGAGAGGAGUAUAGGGGUGCUUAAUGGAGUUGGUUUGGGUGAUCAUGCGGAUGCUAAAACACUAAUGGGUGUGGUGAUUGAAUGUGCAGGGGACGAGAAAGUGUUGGAAAGCAGUGAAAUUGAUAAAACAGGACCUCUUACUGAUGAAAAAGGCACAAUUUUGAUGGAGUUUGAAGCAAAUGCUGAUGGGGAUUUGGGUGGUGAAAAGGGUUUUACAGUUGAAGGGGUGGAAGUCUUGGAGGGAGAAGGGACUUUUGAAUUGGGGUCUGAUCUUACAAAUUGUGCAAGUGAUGAAACUAUUGAAUCAAAGUUGUUUGAGGCAGAUGGAUUGCACAGUGAAUCCAAUCCUUUGUCUAUAGAUUCCAUUUAUGACCCUGAAGUAACAAUAGAAAUGGAAGAUAAAACAGCCCUUGAUCCAGGCAAUUCAGAAGAUGGUUCAUUAUCAGAAGAUGAUUCUAAAGGUUUGGACUUUGGAGUAUUGGACACAACCAAGCUAAUUAUGGAUGAUUUAGAGCAAAGUUCAACCCCCAGUUCCCUUGGAGAGAGUUCUGAAAUACCAGUAAUCGGGGACUCAGACGAGGAAGUGGAGGCAGAUGGGGACGGUGAAGGAAAAGAAUUAUUUGAUUCCUCUGUGUUGGCUGCUCUUUUGAAAGCAGCUACAAAUGCUGGGUCAGGUGGCGCCAAUUUCACGGUCGCCUCUGCUAAUGGUUCUAGAGCCUUCUCCCUUGAGCACCCUGCACAUUCAAGCACCUUGGUCAACUCUUUGAGCCCUGCUCUCCAACCAAACGGUCCUAGUCUUUUUACUGGUUCAGAGCUCACGGCUAGGACUAGGGCUAGGGUUGAGUCUGAGGAAAUCGUAAGUGAAGAGGAAAAGAAGAAGCUGGAGAAGCUACAGAUGAUAAGAGUGAAAUUUUUUAGGCUUCUUCAGAGAGUGGGUUUGUCUCCUGAAGAUUCGAUGGCUUCGCAGGUUCUAUAUCGGUUGGUCCUUGCUACAGGGAGGCCCUCAAGUCAAUCAUUAAACCUUGAAUCGGCCAAGAGGACAGCUUUGCAGCUCGAAGAAGAGGGUAAAAAUGAUUUAGAUUUCUCAUUGAACAUCUUGGUACUUGGGAAAACCGGAGUUGGUAAGAGUGCAACGGUAAAUUCUAUUUUUGGUGAAAAGAAAGCUAUAAUUGAUGCAUUUGAGCCUGCCACAACUGCCGUGAAAGAUAUUGUUGGAAUGAUAGAUGGAAUUAAGGUUAGGAUUUUUGAUACUCCCGGUCUUAGAUCUUCCGUAAUGGAACAAGCUUUUAACAGGAAAAUUUUGUUGUCUGUGAAGAAAUUAACAAAAAAAUGCCCCCCUGAUAUUGUCCUCUAUGUUGAUCGGUUAGACACACAAACAAGAGAUCUUAAUGAUUUGCCUUUGUUAAGGUCAAUAACUAGUUUGCUUGGUUCUUCAAUAUGGCACAAUGCCAUUGUUACCCUGACCCAUGCGGCAUCUAGCCCCCCUGAUGGACCGUCUGGUUCACCCUUAAGCUAUGAUUUGUUUGUUGCGCAAAGAUCACGCGUUGUUCUACAGUUGAUUUGCCAAGCAGUUGGUGAUCUGCGUAUGAUGAAUCCAAGUCAAAUGAGUCCGGUGUCUCUUGUUGAAAACCACCCAUUAUGUCAAAAGAGGGCAGAUGGGCAAGUAGUGCUUCCCAGUGGAGAAUGCUGGAGGCCCCGAUUAUUGCUUUUGUGCUACUCAAUGAAGAUCUUAUCAGAGGCAAAUUCUGCGGUGAAAACUCAAGAUCUUUUUGAUCAUAGAAAGCUCUUUGGCUUCAGGGCACGUACUCCGCCUCUACACUAUUUAUUGUCUUCUCUGUUGCAGUCCAAUGCUCAUCCAAAACUUUCAUCUGAGCAAGGCGGUGACAAUAUUGACUCGGAUACUGAGUUGGGUGAUAUGUCUGAUUCUGACCAAGAAGAUGAAAAUGAGUAUGAACAACUUCCACCAUUCAAGCCCCUGAAGAGAUCCCAGAUUGUGAAACUCGGCAAAGAGCAAAGUAAAGCUUAUUUUGAGGAGUAUGAUUACCGGGUGAGGCUUCUUCAGAAGAAACAGUGGAGAGAUGAGGUAAAAAGGUCAAGGGAGAUGAAGAAGAGAGGCAAAGAUGGUCCAGAGAAGUAUGGUUACGUGGAGGAAGAUGGGGAUGAUGGAAAUGGAAGUCCAGCAGCUGUAUCGGUUCCUUUACCCGACAUGGCACUCCCUCCUUCAUUUGAUGGAGACAAUCCUGCUCACAGGUAUCGAUUUCUGGAGCCCACGUCCCAGCUUCUUACGAGGCCAGUUUUGGAUGUGCAAGGUUGGGACCAUGAUUGUGGAUAUAAUGGUGUCAGCCUAGAGAGCAGUCUUGCCAUUGCAGGUUGUUUUCCAGCAGUAAUUGCGGUUCAGAUCACGAAAGACAAAAAAGACUUCAAUAUCCACUUGGAUUCGUCCGUUGCAGCAAAGCAAGGGGAGAACAGAUCAACCAUGGCGGGACUUGACAUCCAAGCUGUUGGAAAGCAACUUGCCUACAUUCUCAAGGGUGAAACCAAGAUAAGAAAUUUCAAAACAAACAAAACAACUGCUGGUGUAUCAAUUACUUUCUUGGGUGAAAAUGUUGCCACUGGACUGAAAAUUGAGGAUCAGAUUGCAAUUGGAAAACGGCUGGUUUUGGUGGGAAGUACUGGAGCCAUGAGGUCUCAAAGUGACACUGCCUAUGGGGCCAAUUUCGAAGUGCGUGUCAGGGAAAAGGAUUUUCCUGUUGGGCAGGACCAAACCACGCUCGGUCUGUCUCUAAUGUGGUGGAGAGGUGACCUUGUGUGCAGUGGCAAUUUGCAGUCUCAGUUCUCCGUAGGACGGAGUUCUAAAAUGGUUGUUCGAGCUGGACUGAAUAGUAAGUUAAGCGGACAGAUCUCUAUUAGGACAAGCAGCUCGGAGCAACUUCAAAUUGCAGUCUUGGGUAUUCUUCCAAUCGCCAAGGCUAUCUUCAGAUACAUCUCCUCAGCUCAGUGAGAAGUACCUAACUCAAUAGGUGCUGUUUUUCUUGGUUCCAUCUUCAGAAACAUCUCUGUUUAUGCCUAUCUUUUUUUUGUUCCAAUGUUACAUCUUUGAUGUAUUUUGAGUUGAUCUAACAAAUUGUAGCAUUGUUGAGAAAAACUGAGUCAUUCAGAUUUCAUGGGAUUUUGGUUCAUUAUAGUGGUUUAGUUAUCUAUUUUGACGAGCAAUUUGUUGAGUAGUUUUCCUCUUGAUCUGUAUUGCCAUGGAAUGCAAUGUUCAGACGAAUCUUUAGAAUUUAA